AUGGCUAUUAGAACACUAGUAGUCUGCGCGGACGCACUCACGAGUCAUAUCCCUUUUACAGGCUACAUGCGAAUGCAGACACUACCGCAACGGUGUACAAACAUCAUGCAGAGAUCACUAACUGCUCCACGCUUACACGCUUUCGCACAGGCACAUAUUCGCAUUGAAAGACCGAGACCCGGGCCUACGUAUGCCGUGCAUAGACGUAUAAACAGUAUCAAAAGUAGCACUAACAGCAUUAAAGGUAGUACCACUGAGUCACUACCGUACAACGCUAUGCGUAAGUAUACCAAACCGCAAUGCCUACAAUCGACGUUAAACAUCGCAUUGCGUACUUUUAGCAGUUCAGCACGUCGAUUUAGCAGUGCUAAUGCAACAGCCCCCACUCUGGGCUAUGCUGCCCAGUUGGUCAAUGCUGCACCCAAGAAGGUUCAGCCGUAUAUGAAGCUAGCACGCAUGGACAA